AUGGCAUCCCGCGAGAGAAGGCAUAGUAGCCCCCUCGCAACUGAUUGGUCGGCUGUAGACCAAUCACGCAGCGAAGCCGACCAAUGGAAUCGUUGCAAAACCCUGCCUGUCCGUCGCACGCUUAAGGCUCAUCUACUAGCGCCUCGUGUAGCUACGUUCGCGCACUAUCUCUCUCUGCCUCGCUUUACUCUCUCUCCGUGUUCGUGCACAAACCGAACCAUGUCAGUUCUUUGUCUUCUUCUCAUUGCCCUCGCGCAUUUCGCCUCAGCAGUCACACUGAAAGAGGGCUUGGCGGACAAGGAGAAGUACAUAUUCUAUGAUACCUCACCCUUCAAUGUCGGUUUGCAUGCCGGUUUGGCACUGCUAAUUACCUAUGGUGUUUUGGGAACGUUCACCCCCUCCGUUAUGAUUAUUACAAAGGCGUUGGAGAAAAGGAGGAAACGACGCUCCCGCACCAUGUCACACUAA